AUGGACUUCUCGCAGUGCACGGCGGUCGGCCCCCUGUGCCCCGUCGAGGCCACCACCUACGGCUACUAUCCGCAUCUCGCCGCAAACAUCCUCUUCGCCGUCGUCUACGGCCUCUGCGCCCUCGCCCAGGUCGCCCUCGGCCUGCGCUUCCGCACCUGGACCUUCAUGGUCGCCCUGGCCCUGGGCGCGUUCCUCGAGAUGGCCGGCUACAUCGGCCGCAUCCUCAUGCACGACAACCCGUGGGCGUCCGGUCCCUUCAAGCUGCAGAUUGUCACCAUCAUCCUGGGCCCGACCCUCGUUGCCGCCGCCAUCUACCUCACCCUCAAGCACCUCGUCCUGUACCUGGGCCCCCAGCACUCGCGCAUCCCCGCCCGCCUCUACACCUGGAUCUUCAUCUCCUGCGACGUCUGCUCGCUGGUCCUGCAGGCCAUUGGCGGCGGGGUUGCCGCUGCCGCCGGCCGCACCGACCAGCACAAGCUCGCCGUCGGGAACAACAUCAUCAUCACCGGCAUUGCCUUUCAGGUCGCCACCAUGACCGUCUGCGGCCUGCUGGGCCUCGAUUUUUUUGUCCGCGCUUCGAGAAACGGCGCCUUUGACGCCCGUGAACGCCGGUCCGAAAAGGAGACCCACUGGAGGGCCUUUAAGAUAUUCUGCUGUGCCGAGAUUCUGGCAUACACCACGGUCUUAAUCCGCUGCAUCUACCGUAUUCCAGAAAUGGCCGGCGGCUGGGGCAACGAGCUCAUGCAGAAUGAAAAGGAGUUUUUGAUCCUGGACGCAGCGAUGAUUGCCAUCUCCGUCAUCGCCCUGACCAUCUUCCAUCCGGGGAUCUGGUUUCCCCCAAUGCGAACCGGCUAUCAAAAGGAGAUUUGA